AUGAGGAAAGAUAAUCAGAGCAGUGUGUCCGAAUUCCUUCUCCUGGGGCUCCCGGUCAGGCCAGAGGAGCAGAGCAUGUACUACGCUGUGUUCCUGGGCAUGUACCUCACCACGGUGCUGGGGAACCUGCUCAUCAUCCUGCUCAUCAGGCUGGACUUUUGCCUCCACACCCCCAUGUACUUCUUCCUUAGCCACUUGGCCCUCACUGACAUCUCUUUCUCAUCUGUCACAGCUCCAAAGAUGCUGAUGAACAUGCUGACAAAGAAUCAAUCCAUCUCCUAUGCUGGGUGCAUUUCCCAGGUAUAUUUUUUCUUAUUUUUUGGUGAUCUUGACAGCUUUCUUCUCACCUCAAUGGCCUAUGACAGGUAUGUGGCCAUCUGUCAUCCCCUUCACUACACCACCAUCAUGAGUCAGAGGUUGUGUUUCUUGCUCGUAAUUGUGUCCUGGGCCCUAUCCUGUGCCAGUGCCCUGGUGCACACCCUCCUCCUGGUCCAUCUCUCCUUCUGUGGAGACAACACCAUUCCCCACUUCUUCUGUGACCUCUCUGCCUUACUUAAGUUGUCCAGCUCUGACACCACAGUCAAUGAUCUGGUUAUCCUCACUGUGGGGUCGGUAGUCAUUAUGCUCCCAUUCAUUUGCAUCCUUGUGUCAUAUGGCCACAUCGGGGCCACCAUCCUGAGGGUCCGCUCAACCAAUGGAAUAUACAAAGCUUUGUCCACCUGUGGCUCUCACCUGUCUGUGGUGUCUCUGUACUAUGGGGCAAUAAUUGGACUGUAUUUUUUCCCCUCAUCCAGUAACUCCAAUGACAAGGAUGUCAUAGUGGCUGUAUUGUAUACUCUGGUCACUCCCAUGCUAAAUCCUUUUAUCUACAGUCUGAGGAAUCGGGAUAUGAAAGGAGCUCUGGGAAAUAUUCUCAGUAAAGGAACACGUUCAUCAUGA